AUGUCGGCUAACCGGCCCAUCAAGAUCCUGGGCAAGCUCAAUGUGACGGUCAUGGAGGUGAAUGCCUGGAAGGACGGGCGAUACAAGUGGGGAGCAACGGAAGACGAGCAACCGGACGACAAGGUGCCGACGUCGUGUUUCGUCAAGCUCGAGCUGAAGAGCAAGAGCAAGGACCCGGCGGGCGACACGAAGUCGCGCACGCGCAUCGUGGAGACCUCCAACGGGAAGGCGUUCCUCCGGGAGACGCUGCCGAUGGAGGUGCGCGAGGGGGCGGAGGAGCUGCGCGUCAUCGUGUGCCGGUCGGUCAAGGCGCCCGACGGCACCCAGAAGCACUCCGUCAUCGCCGCCUGCGGCCUCUACAUCAAGGACGUCAUCGCAGUGGCCCCGAUCGACAAGUACUUCGACCUGUACAAGCCCCACAAGGGCGGGCCCGGCGGGAUGAUCCGCGUGAAGAUGGACUUCCGCGCGGCGACGAACGCCAGCGACGCGGUCGGCGACACCGGCCCGACCAUGACGCCCGCCGAGGGCGUCUCCACAGGGGGAAAGAAGAAGGGCGGCCCGGUGAAGAUGUUGAUGAAGCUGGUGCUGCUGGGCGGCGUCGCGGCGGGCGCGGCCCUCGGGGUGCAGAAGCUGCGCAAGUAG